AUGUCCUCCUCCCCUCCAAAUCCCUCUCCCAGUGCAGCCGUCAAGAGCGAACAACCGCUUGCCAUAUCUGCUGGUUCGGAGGCUUUGGAAUACGUCCCAGCUCCUUCCGUUAAUGCGAAAAAAGAUCAAACACCUGACACAGUCGCCCAAGCCCAGCCCCCUGCAGACAAGAAAGAAGAGCUUGCCUCUUCGCCAACAGCGUCAAACCUUCCAGAGCCCGACAUGAGUACUACCGAUAAGGAAAAAGACGAGAACGCUAGAAACUCUGCUGAGCAGGCCGCGAAAGGUCAGGUCCCAGAAAUAACCCAAGCGGAAAGCAAGAUAGAAUCCGAGACGGAGGCAACGUCAGAGAAAGUUGACACUCAAAUAACCCCAGGAGAACGAGCGGAAAUCCCGCCCUCUACAAAUGUCCACACCGCAAUGGAUAGCGAAAAGAAUGAAGUGCCGACCCACUCGCCCACAGGGAACGGCGCCGCCGCGCCCUCUUCGACGCUAGCUGAUAAUUCCGACGACAAAGCCACUAAUUUGACAAGCGCAAAAUCUGCCGCGCAAGCGUCUGAUUCGCCCUCUGAAACGGCGGCCGACAAUCCAAAUGAAAAGACUUCUGACGCGGACGCACCAGAAGAAAAGAAACCGUCGGAGGAUGAACUGCAGCAAUCCGCUUCAGAAACACCUAAUGCUGAAUCGUCGGCCCCCAGCACUUCAUCCCGCAAACGCUCCCGUCGUCUCUCUACAAAGGCAUCCGCUUUAUCUCCUGUUCGCACUCUGCGACCGCGAGCAUCUACGAAGCCCCUGAAUGUAGAAGCAGAUGCAGCUAGACCGGACGCUCAGGCCGUCACCGUUCCAGAAAUUGUGAAAGCCAAGAGUGAGUCUUCCGUUCCGAAGACUGAGCCUUCCCUUCGCGAGAAUGAAACCGAUGCGGCUGCCACUAAUGCCAAUGAUGCCAAUACUGGAGAGGAUGAGACAGAUGACAAACCCCGUCCUGUCAUGACUGAAAAAGGAUUGAGGAUGGUCGUUGGCGAUUCUGUGUUUGUUACCGCUGAUCAGCUUGAGGACAUCAAACGACAACGCAUGCGCGGCAAGAACUUAAAACCCAUCGAAGAGCUCACGUUUCAGGACAUUCUCUCAUACAAUAGGGAUCAGCUCAGGUGCUAUUGCUACAUUUACUCCACCCCCAGGAGAAAAAAGAGUGAAAUGGAAGUAGACAUGGCCAGAUUCGUGUCCCUCUGGAACGAAGGCAAGCCAGGCUUCGUUUUCGCCGAGUAUAUCCCGAAAAACUCUGGCCGUAUGGACGCGUCAGCCUUCGUUCAUCGUUUAACUACGAACGAUCGCAGUAGUGCUUCACGUGCUCAGCAGUCUGCUGGAGGGCAAAACUCAACAGAAGCAAUGAAGGGCUUGCCCGCAGAUAACACGCCAGGAAAGCCGAUCGGUGGGGCCCACCCGAAAUCUUCGACAAAAACACCGCCACGAACAUCUGUUCGAGCUUCACCACCUGCCGCCCUCCCAGCCUCAGCAAAGCGUCCACCUCCUCGACCAGCGAGCAUACAACCAUCCCCGAUCAGGCCAAACCUUCCUCCCAGACCACCAAGCUCCGAGAGAUUAGUUGGAGCACUGCCAACUAACCAGUCCUCUUUUCCGACUCAAGCAUCUGGCUCCGGUGCUGGCAGAAAUAGCGCUGGUAGUUCAUCAAAGAGUGGCAGAACCUCGAUGCCUGUGCAAAACAUGCCGCAGGGGUACAACACAUCCCAUAAGCAAAAAAUGCAUGCGCGCACAGCAGGUAUCAAGUUCAAGGCUGCAUAUAACGGGGCCGGUCCCGCUAUCGUUCAUAUCGUAGAGAACGCGGCGGCAUACUUUGAGGGGAAAGACUCUGCUGAAGUGAUAUCAGAUCGCGCAAAAUCGUACGAACGCUAUCAGCUUAACGUGGACUUGUUGACGGAGAUCUUCGAUGGUCCCCUAUCUGAUUUUGAAAGCGACGACAACUCAAUUGUUAGCCCUGGAAAAGAAAUUGGGCAUACUGAGAUCAGAGCGGAGGGAGAGGCGGUUCUCAAAGAUGUCCACAUGGUGGAUGUGAAUGGAAACGACAUCAAAGCACCAGAGGAAGUUGUGUCCCAGCAGCUGGCAAAGCGAAUGGACGCAAAGGCGAGGGGCGACGUUAAUAUCGACAUGGAAGCGUGGGAACAAGCCUACCGAAAGGCUGAAAAACUUACCCAGGAAAGCGACAGAACAAAUAUGCGUCUAUUUCAGAGACUUGAGAGGGCAGAGAGUGAACAAGAAAUCGAAACCGUGAGACGUGAUUUUGAGCGAGAAAACGAUAUCCGUUUACCUGGUGCACCACCCCCGCUCAUACGCCGGAAACUCGAUAAGUCUUUGCCAGCUAUGCAAAUGCCAGACAACAAGUGCAACAUUCUCAGAUUCAAGGUGGCCUGA